AUGGAGUGCGGAAAGAGCUUCACUAUUGUUGGAAACCUUAGAAGACACCAACGGGCACACAGUGGGGGGAAACCAUUUAAAUGCAUGGAGUGUGGAAAGAGCUUCAGUCAGAGUGGAGACCUUAGAAUUCAUCAACGGACUCACACUGGUGAGAUACCAUUUAAAUGCAUGGAAUGUGGAAAGAGCUUCACUGACAGUGGAACACUUAGAAAACAUCAAUGGACUCACACAGGAGAGAAACCAUUUGAAUGUAUGGAGUGUGGAAAGGGCUUCACUUCUAAUCAAGUACUUAUGAUUCAUCAACUGACUCACACAGGAGAGAAACCGUUUAAAUGCAUGGAGUGUGGAAAGAGCUUCAGUCAGAAAGGACACCUUAGAAUUCAUCAACAGAGUCACACAGGAGAGAAACCAUUUGAAUGCAUGGAGUGUGGAAAGAGUUUCAGUCAGAGUGGAACACUAAGAAGACAUCAACGGACUCACACAGGGGAGAAACCAUUUAAAUGCAUGGAGUGUGGGAAGAGCUUCACUGAUAGUGGAUCACUUAGAAUUCAUCAACGGACUCACACUGGUGAGAAACCAUUUAAAUGCAUGGAGUGUGGAAAGAGCUUCAGUCACAGUGGAACAUUAAGAAUUCAUCAACGGACUCACACUGGUGAGAAACUAUUUAAAUGCAUGGAGUGUGGAAAGAGCUUCAGUCAGAGUGGAGACCUUAGAAUUCAUCAACGGACUCACACUGGUGAGAAACUAUUUAAAUGCAUGGAGUGUGGAAAGAGCUUAACUACAAAUGGAAGCCUUAGAAUUCAUCAACGGACUCACACAGGAGAGAAAUCCUUUAAAUGCAUGGAGUGUGGGACAAGCUUCAGUCAGAAUGGACACCUUAGAAUUCAUCAACGGACUCACACAAGGGAUAAACCAUUUGAAUGCAUGGAGUGUGGAAAGAGCUUCACUUAUAGUGGAACACUAAGACUACAUCAACGGACUCACACAGGGGAGAAACCAUUUAAAUGCAUGGAAUGUGGAAAGAGCUUCACUAUUAUUGGAAACCUUAGAAGACAUCAACAGACUCACACUGGUGAGAAACCAUUUAAAUGUAUGGAGUGCGGAAAGAGCUACAGUCACAGUGGGGGCCUUAGAACCCAUCAACGGACUCACACUGGUGAGAAACCAUUUAAAUGCAUGGAGUGUGGAAAGAGCUUCAGUCAGAGUGGACUUCUUACAAAACACCACCAAACUCAUAAGGGGGAAAAACCAUAUACCGGUAAGUGCUAGGG